CUAUUUAAGUAAUCAAACAGCUACCCAUCUCUCGAAUUCUAUGCUUUGUACCUUUCACAAUGCAUAGAACUGUAUUGCAAAGAGAAUUGAGAAGCAGAGCUUCCCACAAGGCUCUAGCUUGGGUCAAUUCUUUCAAUAUUUCUAGGUCUGUUCAUUCUUUGCCAUUUACGACUGUCGAAGCUGAAGGGAUAUCAGGUUCUCAACCUGCUGAAGUACAAAACUUGGUGCAAGGUAAAUGGACAGGAUCUGCAGCUUGGAACACUCUUUUGGAUCCUUUAAAUGGGGAACCAUUCAUUAAAGUUGCAGAAGUAGAUGAAACUGGAGUUCAGCCAUUUGUAGAGAGCUUGUCCAAGUGCCCGAAACAUGGUUUACACAAUCCCUUCAAAUCACCUGAGAGAUAUCUUUUAUAUGGAGACAUAUCUGCUAAGGCAGCACACAUGCUAUCCCUGCCAAAGGUGUCUGAUUUCUUCAAUAGGUUAAUACAAAGAGUUUCUCCUAAAAGUUACCAGCAGGCCCUUGGUGAAGUUUACGUAACAAGAAAAUUUCUUGAGAAUUUCUCUGGUGAUCAGGUUCGUUUCUUAGCAAGGUGUUUUGCAGUACCUGGAAAUCAUAUAGGACAGCAGAGUCAUGGGUACCGUUGGCCUUAUGGUCCAGUUGCAAUUAUUACUCCCUUCAAUUUCCCACUGGAGAUUCCUGUACUUCAGCUGAUGGGAGCACUCUAUAUGGGCAACAAACCCAUUCUUAAAGUUGAUAGCAAGGUAAGCAUUGUCAUGGAGCAAAUGAUGCGUCUGCUUCAUUAUUGUGGCUUACCAGUAGAAGAUGUUGACUUCAUAAAUUCUGACGGGAAGACCAUGAACAAACUGCUGAUGGAGGCGAAUCCACGAAUGACCCUCUUUACUGGCAGCUCAAGAGUAGCAGAGAAAUUGGCUGUUGACCUGAAGGGUUGCAUAAAAUUGGAAGAUGCAGGAUUUGAUUGGAAAAUUCUGGGACCUGAUGUUGAAGAGGUUGAUUAUGUUGCAUGGGUCUGUGAUCAGGAUGCAUAUGCAUGCAGUGGUCAGAAGUGCUCAGCUCAAUCAAUACUAUUCAUGCAUGAGAAUUGGUCUGCAAGUUCACUCAUCCCUAAAAUGAAAUAUCUUGCUGAGAGAAGGAAGUUAGCAGAUUUAACCAUUGGCCCUGUCCUUACUGUCACAACUGAAGCAAUGUUGGAGCACAAAAAGAAAUUGCUUCAAAUUUCAGGUUCUAAGUUACUUUUUGGAGGUGAACCCUUGGAGAAUCAUUCUAUUCCACCCAUAUAUGGUGCCCUGAAGCCGACUGCCAUUUACAUUCCUCUUGAAGAAAUUUUGAAGGAUGACAAUUAUGAGCUUGUGACCAAAGAAAUUUUUGGGCCAUUUCAGAUUAUAACUGAUUAUAAAAAGGAUCAAUUACCGAUGGUAUUGGAUGCUUUGGAACGAAUGCAUGCGCAUCUAACUGCUGCCGUAGUCUCAAAUGAUCCCAUAUUCUUGCAGGGCGUUAUUGGCAAUACAGUAAAUGGGACAACUUAUGCUGGAUUGAGAGCAAGAACUACUGGAGCUCCCCAAAACCAUUGGUUUGGACCUGCUGGAGAUCCUAGAGGAGCAGGAAUUGGGACACCAGAAGCAAUAAAACUGGUUUGGUCAUGUCACAGGGAAAUCAUAUAUGAUUUUGGUCCCUUGCCAAGAGAUUGGGAAAUUCCACCAUCAACUUGAGGAGGGUGUAGUUAAAUCAAUAUUGAGAGUUUGAUCUCUAUGCUUUUGGCAGUGCCAUUUCAGUUAAGAAAUAAGAUAGAGAGGGAAAUUUUUGUGGUCUAAUUGGCAUUAAUAAAUCAAUGUAUUGCAAGUAGUGCGUAGUUCAGUUUAGGUACUCUGUUCAUACUCUUUACAAUUCCCUCCCAUAAUAUAAAAUCGAUGAAGAUCCAAGCAGCAUUUGGAGUGGACU